AUGUCGGGCUCGGCUGUGAGGGACCAUGAGGAUGAAGCAGCCCACGAUGGGAGAUUUUCUGGUCCUUAUCGAGGUUUGAACAGCCCGGUCGGCCUGUCCACCACGCAGGGGGUACCUCUGGCAAUCCAGGGAAGUACCUCCAAGUACAUUUCUGGCGGCGAGGACACGGCUGGGGACCAGUGUUGUGCAACCACACUUGUCGCAUGCACACCACCCAUAGGCUGCCAUCAGCAACCGCUCAAAGAAAUUUUGCCGGAAGAAGGCUCGAAAGGAAUCAUCAUUUCUUGUAAAUGUUCCCCUGAAAGGCGUAGCAUUGCGCUUUGCAUCAUCUUCUCCAAUGCCAAGGACGCCAUCCUCGCAGGAGCCACAAAGCUUUUGUUGCACAUCGAAAGGCAACAAUAUUGCACUAUCGAUGAACUGGUCCGACGGGCUCCUCUGCUCUUACGAGUGCUGUACUGCAGAGCAUAUUUGGUCUAA